AUGGUAAACUUUUUGUCUCCUUCGAAUAAAUCCAAGAAUUCAUCGAGUUGCAGUUUUUCCGAGCUUCCUGAUGAAAUAAUAAUGAUCAUAUUAAGAAACUUAGACUUAAAAUCAUUAUGCCGCGUGAGCAAAGUAAAUAAACGGUUCAAUAAUUUAACACAAGACCAUCGGCUUCAUACAAGUUUAAACUUAGAACCGUAUUAUUUGAUUAUUAAUACACAGGCAUUGAAUUAUUUAGCACCUAGAUGCAAAUAUUUACGACGGUUGAAUCUUUCAUACUGUAAUGGUAUUUUUUCUGACGAUAUUGGAAAAUUUCUUGUUUCUCAUGGUAGUCUCUUAACGCACUUACAAUUGAAUCACUUAGAGAUCUACGAUAAUACCAUACUUGAAAUUUCGAGAAUAUGCAAAAAUUUGAAAGAAUUAGGUCUAUUCUAUUGUUACGGGAUAAAUGAUGACGGAUUCUCAUAUCUCGAAAAUCUGAAGUUCCUGGAGUAUUUGAAUGUUAACGAGACACAUAUAACUACCGAAACUCUUUGCAAGAUACUGCGAAGAAAUACACGGAUGCGUCACUUAUAUAUAGGAGGCGAAGACGAAAAUCUGAAUCCUGAUAAAAUUGUAAUGGAAUUGAGAAAUUCCUGUCCAGAUUUGGAAAGCAUAAAGUUACGGUAUAAUAGAAAUGUACAUGCACGCUUGAAUAUUCUUACAUCAAAAGGUAUUAAUGACCUUGCUGGCUGCAAAAAUUUACGAGAAAUGUAUUUGGAUUGGUGUAACUGUUCUGGUGCUAGCUUCUUCAGAGUGUUUUCCUCCUGUCAACACUUGGAAAGAGUCUCCCUGUACUAUUGUGAAGGUUUGACUGAACGUGAUAUAAGAGCACUAGCAUUGUGUAAAAAUUUAAAAAAGUUAGAUUUAACGGGCAUACUGAGAUGUGUGACAUCUGAGAUAUGUCACACAAUUUUCAUGAAUUGUCAUAAAUUGGAGAUGAUUAAUCUCCGCUAUAGUAACAUUGCCAAAUGCUUGAUUCUGCAGUGGCAGCAAAAAUACACGCACAUAACCAUUACAGCAUGA